UAUAACACGCUUUAAGGUGGUUUAUGAUUGUGAACAACUGUAUGUUGAGGAAGUAAAAGGGCAAACAAUGGAUGAAGUCCCUGGAAAGAAGAUACUGCAAGCAGAUGCUUCAGACCUGGACGUCACCUACUGCCAGCCCUGCUCUCAAGAUGGAGAAAGCUUCGCAGUCGAUGCCUACUGUACUGUCUGUAAGAAGUUUAUGUGCUCACCUUGCACAAAUGUACACAGAAAACAAAGUGUAUCAAAGUAUCAUGCCCUUCUUGACAAGAGCAUCUUGCCUACUUCUGUGAGGGACUGUUUUACUAAAGAAGAGGGCACAGAGUCCUGUGAUUUCCACCCACGAAAUUUUAUCAAAUUCUUCUGCCCUACUCACCAGAGUCUUAACUGUAAACAAUGUCUAGAUUUUGAGCAUCGGUCUUGCAAGGUUAACCUGAUCUCUGAUAUAUCAAAGACUUUCAAACAAGGUAAGGAGUAUGGACAAGUCAAUGAGGUUAUUGCUCAAUUACUGAAGAACGUCGAUGACAUUGAUUCUGAUGUUGAAGACAGCAUUCAGCUAGUUAAAAUGCUUAGUCAAAAUGAGAUAACCAAACUAAGAAAAUAUCGAAAUAUAGUCAACAAAUACCUUGAUGAACGCGAAGAGGCACUAAUUAAAACCAUUUCCCGGAUGAAAAACACGGACGAAACGUUACUGAACUCCUUGAAACUAAAAUUGAACUGCCUUAAGAUCGACGUCAAAACAAUCAAAGAAAAUCUAACCGCCAAAGAGGACAGCACCAACCAGUUGUUUAUAGAGGCAUAUAAAGCCACGAACAUGCUGGAGGAUUUGCAAACAGCUUUGGCCGAGAUAAACAAGGAGAAGACCAGACACCAGUAUCAAUUUAGGAAGGACCCUGCCACUGAUAGAUUGCUGACUUUCAUGACUUGCCUAGGCACUGUUGAGGAAAUAGUUGAUGCACAAGCUCUAGACCAAAGACGUGAGCGAGUAUAUUACACAACACAAGACAAAGGCACGAUGAAUACCAGUAAAUCUGAUGUUGCUACCAGCAUACAUACGGUUGGGGAUAUUGAGGCAGUCGAAACAACCGAGGAUGUCUCAAUAAAAACAGCGGCAACAGAACUGAAUCCUGGCGUAAAGCACACUCUGCAAUACAUACAUAAAUAUCGGUAUCCCGAUGAAGCCAAGACAGAUGUUUUUACGGCUUUACGUACUUUCACUGACCUUCGGCCAAAGCUGGAAGAAUUUGUGUUCAAUGAUGGCACAAUGCAAACUUUACUGCAGCUGCAUGGAACGAUACCGGUCACAUAUAACCGUAAUCCAUUCAACAUUCCGAUAUGUGUCUGGUUGCUGGACACACAUCCAUACGAUCCUCCAAUGGUGUUUGUAAAACCCACAACCACCAUGCUGAUCAAAUCAGGGAGAUAUGUUGACAUAAACGGGGCAGUAGAUCUUCCAUACAUAGAGGAAUGGCAAUAUCCUGACUCCAACCUCUGUGGGAUGAUCCAAGUCUUGACAAUUGUAUUUGGGGAAGAGCCUCCAGUCUUCAGUAAUGUUAAGCCGUUACGGGACACCUAGUAGAAAACCAUUGCACACUUGUAGUGUAUGCUAUUUACAGACUAUUCAGUCAGGUUUUUUUUCUGGCCCAGCAAGCUUGUCAAACUGAUUUAAAAACCCCUGAUUUCAUACUGUCAUACUAUGUUGUAUAUACUUAUUAUUUGUAUUGUAUUCGGGGGCUUACUUAUCGGUCCUUGUAAUCCCAUAGGACACGAAGCGGUGUAAAAUUUCUUAUAUCAUAUCAAACAUUUAUAACCAUUCAAUAUUUCUUAAGCGCUUUUAAUAUUUUUUAUUGAACAAAGUUAAUAUAAUACAAACAUUUCAACCUUUUAAAAGCAUGUUCAAUUUGUUCAGCCGUUUUGAAAAUCAGAAUGUUGCACUGAACAGUUUUAUGACGUAAGCGCUGACAAAAAUAAUAUUUGGACAGUUGCGGACCGGCCAAAAUAUUUUUUGACCGCUGACGUCAUUUAAAUUGAUUUGUAUUAAAACAUAUGGACCGAUCAGCGUAAGAUCGUAUUUUAAUUGUCAGAGAAAAAUACUUUUAUAAGUGGCGUUUCAAGUGAUUACAAGCGAAAUUAUAUACGGUUUUGCACUGAAAUAAAAAUUGCGUAUCUUUUAUUCUUAUUUGGGGUUUUAUUGGUAUUUUAAUUUGUUUUUCUAAAUACCCCUCUUUUUAAAGCAGUGUUUGUUACGCCGCUACCUAUAGGUCUACCGUGUUAGCAAAUCAAUGUCGGAUUAUCAUGUUUUCUAAGUUUUAGGGCUUGUUUUAUUAUACAUGUUUAUUAAAUCAUCCCUCCCUGUCCGAGACCAGUCUGAUUUACUCGAAGACGGGUCGUUUUCCAGAGAAAAAGAGACGACUACCCCACGUUUUUGACAACUAUUUAGGCGUUGGUGGGGUAAAAUAAAUAUCACCGACUCUAAUUAGUGCUGUGUGAAUUUUCUGCGGAUUAAUGCAAAUAGUUUAAAAAUAUAUUUGUUACAUAAAAUGAAAUCGAAUUUAUGUUUGAGCAGUAGUUUUCGUCCGUAAUUUGUUUUCUACGAGAGAAAAUGUUCGAACCUUAGGCUUCAAGUUAGGAAAACGGUUCAAAACAGGAUAAACAUAUUUCUUAUAAACGGUAAUUUAUGUUUAUUUCCAAAAAUAUCUUUAUUGCAUAAUAUGUAACCUUUUUUAAUAUUAAGUUAUUUUUUCGGCAACAUAAAUUUACUGAUGUAUGUGUUUGGUUUUGAUCAAGUUAUUACACUUUAUUUUAAAAUUUGUUCCUUAAGUUGAUAUUUUUACUUCUUGGUUGUACUUUAUAUUUCCGCUGUUGUUAUUUCACUGAAGAAAACUCCAUAUUUGUGUUAUUUCACUGAUAAAACGUCAUAUUUCAUCGAAAAGCAUGAAGAAAUCUUGUAUAUAUUUUAUUUAUCUGAGUUUUCUUUUAAUAAUUUAGUUAUCUUCUUUUCUACAGACGUAAUUAUGGAGUGUUUUUCAAUUAUUUUUUAUUUCAAAGUUAAUAUAAAUAUGAUUAAUCUAAACAUCAUCAUUAUCAGCAUUUUGUGGUAGGGUUUUCUCCAGUGUGCAAAUGAAAAGCAUAUAGUGAUUAGCUAGACUGCACCAACUCAGAAAUGUUGACGCCGGCAAAGUUCGUUUUUUUAUCUUGUUAUUUCAUAGGAACGUUGUGUUCUGUGUUGGUUGAAAAGAAUACAUAUGUUAUGUAUAACUUAUUAUCAUGUAUUUAUACAUAUAGGAGUCUUAUAGGGUAUAUUUUUCGCCUUAUUUUACGCUUGUGAGCAAUAUGUUUUAUUAAUUAUACUUCAUUUUAUCACCAAAAUCGGGUUGCAUGCAGUUAUAAUCAAUUCAAAUAUUUUAUUUUUUAAAGCCAAGCUUUAUUUGUCACUAACAUGACGGGGUGUUAAGAGUGCAUUCUAUUGUUUUUCUUCAAAUAACGCCUUUGUUUCAUCAUGGCCAAUUUUUACAACAUAACCCGCAUUUUUACGGCCUUUAACAUUUGGCACAGACAUAUCUUCUGUUGCAGCUUCUUUAGUUGGCUUUGCUUGUAUACUUGUCGUUUUUACAUGAAAGUUCUUAAAGAAAAUGUUCAUGCCGAUAUAGACUAUAACAUUGUAUGUUAAUGUAUUAAAUAAAAUUUUAACUAUGGUUACUAGCUAUAAAUGUACAUGGCAUAUAUAUAUAUUUUAAGAACCAAGCUUUUCUGAAAUUCACUAUCAUAGUUCAUUUUUUCAUUAAAAUUAUAUGUAAGAAUCGUAUUGAUCUAUAGUUUGGACCAGAUAAAUUUUGUAAAAAAGUGACGUUUAAAUAUGCAGAAAUGAUUGUGAUUGGUUUAUAUUUUAAGUGAACAACAGGAACCAAAUCGUGUUUCAGUGACUGCUCCAAAGCGGUAAUCCCAUCAUUUAUCAGUGUAGCUAGUUUAAUGCCAGUGUGGUAUGUUUGUUGUGCUUGUAUAUGUGUAUCUGGUGUUUCGAGUUCUGUGUCGAUUUUGGCUUUUGUCUUGUGCCUUUAAUUUGAUUAUUUUAGGUAUUCGACUUCUGCGCUUAUCCGAGUAGUUUUCAUGAAAACAAAGUAUAGUUUUACCAAGUCUUUAUCAACACUGAGUGCCAAUAUUAGAGGAAAUAUAUUUAUCAUCGAAAAUAUCUUA